AUCAGCUGACGCUGAUGACGUCACUUGGGUCCACGGCUGGAGUCCAUUGCUAGGUAGCUCUACGCUCUCAGACGCGACGAUUAUCUCUUUCUACAAGAAUAUGGCGUUUGUUAAAAGCGGAUGGCUUCACCGCCAGAGUACCAUUUUGCGUCGCUGGAAGAAAAACUGGUUUGACCUUUGGUCCGACGGCCGUCUCGUUUUCUACGAUGACCAGCAACGGCGCGACAUGGAGGACGAGAUCCAUAUGAGGGUGGACUGCAUUAACAUCCGCAAUGCCAACGCGUGUCAAGAUCUAAAACCCCCUGAAGGAAAAGGCAGGGAAGCGCUUCUUCAGAUCGUGUGCCGUGACGGACGUGUCAUCAGCCUCUGCGCAGACAGUGCGGACGAUGCCCUGGCCUGGACCAUGGCCCUUCAGGAUGCCAGAAUCAACACAAUUGUGGCCCCUCCUCAGUUCGGUUUCACCCAGGAAGUUAUCGCCUCUGCUCCACCUUCUUAUGCGGAAUUAAACCCGACUCCUCAGGUGUAUUACCCGGACCAAUACGGCGGCUAUGUCCCUUAUCCUCCUCCACCGUACGCCCCUAAUGCUGUGUACACUGCAGGAGUGUACCCCGCCCACGAAGUCAACCACGUGAUCAUCGAGGAACGUCGGCGUGACGACGCGGGAGAUAUCGCCCUCGGCAUGCUCACCGGCGCCGCAACGGGAUUGGCUAUCGGUUCCCUGUUUUCCGUCUUUUAAUAUGCGUCGUCGUGUCCCUCCGAGUCCCACCGUGGGACGGACUAGAUCUGCGCUACCGCUCUUCACUUUGCUGCAAUGUAAUACUUAGAUCUAAUAGAUGUUAACUGAUCACAAGUGCUCCCCCACACCCCCACACCCAAACACAGCUAAUUAGUCCGGAUGAACCAAAGCCUCAUGGUAGCAUUUCUAACUUAGAGAAACGAAGCGGAGACGGUACAGAACAGGCGCGGUGGGUCGUGAAAACAGUCACCGGUUUAGGCCGCGUUUGUAAAUUAAACACGCAGAAUGUAAUUGGUGUUGUAUUACAUUUAUUUCUCUCCCUGCGUCCCUGAGUUUAUAGGCAGACCUUUGGGUAGUAGUUCAAGGGAUAAAAAAAAAACCCAUUCCAUUUGGCUAAAAUUUAAAUCUACCAGUAGGUUUUGCCGAUGAUCGAUAACUUGGAGGAAACCCGUAAUAUGAAGAGUGCAACGUUUGACGCAUUUCUGUGAUUUCGUCACGGGUCAAUGAUGGCCAUAUUUCGGGGCGCUUUAAAAAUACUCUCAUUGUGGCCUUACAAGGAGACCUGGAUAAAUAACAGACAGCGAAUCAGAUGCUAAAUGCAUAUUAUAAUAAUAUAUGUUGAGAUGAUUUUUCCAGUGUUAACAAACCAGUUGUAGCCAUGAAUUACAGUUCAUAAACUGGCCACGACUCGGUAUUAUGAUAAAAUUAGAGCGGCGGAAAAAAAAAAAAUUUAUAUAGGAGCAGAGCUGCAAAGGGGCGGAAAAUUUUCAAUAAAUUUCCCGAAACCUUUUGAAAACUUUAAAUGGGAAUUUUUUUGUGUGGAAAUUUUCCAAGUUGGAAACCUACCAGAAAUCUUUGUGGGAAUUUAUGGGAAUAAAUUUGAAUUUUGGGGACAUUUAUAUAAACUGCAUCAUAUACAAACGUAAAUAUAAACAUUUUUUUGUUUGGUCUUAAGCAGCCAUGCAUGCAAACUAAUACAUUUUUUUUUUUUCGCUUUAAUUGUUAGUAUAAUUUUGUUGCAUGCGCACACACAGCACGAGCAAGUUAACAAAAAAAAAUUGCCAAUUUUUUUGUGUGUGCAGGAUUCAAGAAGUGAUGGAGGAAUGCACAGUGCAUGCAGGGGGCGUGGCCUCAGUGGGCCUGCAUUUAGUGUGCAGUGUUAAAUCUGGUUGUUUUACAAAUAUUUUUGGAAUUAUUGGCUAACCUGUUAUUUGCUAAUUUUGUAAAUUCCCAGUUUAUUCCCUUUAAUUCCCAUGGAAAGUUUCCAGUCUUGAAAAUUCCCACAAUUUUAGCAACCCUAUAUAGGAGUUCAUCAUUUAAUGCAUCCAUCCAUUCAUAGUAACUUGCCUUAGUGCAAAUCAUUUCCGUACCAAAAUUUAAACACUGCCAGAACAGUCCGAAUAUACACCCAUCACCGACUGGAACCAGAGCUCAGAUUCCAAAACGAAUAUCUGCUCAGUUGAAGUUAAUUCAAUAGCAGCAGCAGCAAUGAUGUUUAAUGUAUAUUAGGAUAAUUGAGAAGUCCUCCAGGUCUGCAAGAGCUUGUUCUCCUCCUGACUCUGGCUUUUCCUCUCUUUCCAGACGUCCUUUACUUCUCACCAAGGGUUCAUUCUGAAGAACUUGAAAAACCUCUUUAAUAAUAUAUAUUUAUUUCUUAUUUGGGAAGUCAUAAAAAAAAAAAAAUGCUUCCGUUUCAGUGUUAUUUAUUCGUUUGGGUUUGUGUAAAAUGUCUUUAUUGCCUUGUUGUGAUUCUUUUUCUAUAUUAUGUAUUUUUUCUUGUUUAACGAAGCAGCACAUUUGAACCCAUUAACACAAAACUGAGCGAAUGAAAGCUCUCUGAGGAACAUCCGAAGGGAAUUUGACCUCCUGUGGGAAUACACCGGGCAUUUUCACCUUUUUGCUUCUAGUUGGUUUUCUCCUCUAGAUAUUCCCUAACAUUAAUUCUGGUCUAUGUUAGACCAUCUUCGUUACUGACUACGUUUACUGUACGUUUACCCUAGCAUUAUGUUUACAGGAUGUUCAGUUAUGUUGAAACUGAUAAUCAUUCAUGCUUUAAUAAAAUCCCCUCAACAUGUGAUCAUUUUAUGUCUUACAGAUUUUUUUUUUUUUUUGGGAACCGAAACAUGUCGAUCAACUAAAGAUAUAAGUUGAAGAUAUUUACUUUUAUGUUGUAUUUUUUUUUCUGUCCUAUUCUUGGACCUAUAAACCUGCUCACUAUCUGUUGCUUAACCAGCUUGCAUUUCCGUUAUACUUUCACAAAUCUAAUUAAAGUGACUAAACCAAA